UGACGAAAAUCCUCUAAACAAUAAGGAUUCGAUUCAUUCCCGAAUUCAGAACGGCAACAUCAGACUUUUCCUCAAUCGUCAUUCCUCAAUUUCUCUUUUCGCCACUACGAACUGUAUCCAUCCAGUUUUUUUAUUUCCACUCCAGAAUACUUUUGACGUUUACAGUACGAUUACGUGUUGAACCCUUCGUCGAGCCCUUCCUUGAAGUGAGAAGAAACAGUACGCAUAACCUAGACUGGAGAAGCAUUCAUCGUCAGAUCCUCAAUAAAUUAGUUUGAUUGACCGUGACUAGCACAUAGGUGCACCAAAUAAUACAAGAAAAAUGCCAAAGUUGACGCUUGCCGAAAAAUUAGAAAAAAAGCAACGAUUGGCUGAGAAACGUGAGGCGAAAAAAUUGGCUAAGGAAAAGAAGGAAAAGGAAAAGGCCGCGCUAGCUGCGAGUUGUCCAGAUGAAUCUCCUUAUGAUGCGAAGACUCCCGAUAAUGAAGCGACACGCAUCAACGCCGAAAAAUGCUACAUUUUCUCUCUGUCGAACGACGCUUUGAACCAUUUUUUUUCGUUUUUGCCAGCUCGGGAGUUGGGUGCCUUAACGCUAACUUGUCGACAAAUGAACAAGUUGUUGGUGACAGAGGAGACAAGAGCCUUUUACGUUUUAUCUCGGCUGACCCAAAAAUCGGCUGCAGGGUCCUUUAAUGUUGACCUUUGUCGAGAUAUAGAUGAAGCCCAAAAGAUUGUCGAACAAUCUUACGGUGGAGGUGAUACACAGCGGUUGAAAAUGAAGGGCAAGGCAAACAAGUGGAAGAGUGAAUUUGCAAGCUAUGCCCGAUUUCUUCAAGAGAUAGUAACCGGUCACAGCAAUCUGAAUGUUGGUGGGAAGACGCCAAUUAUGUUGCCUUCUUUUGUUAACGGGCGAUUUGUUUCGACAUCGCCGGAACAUACCUUGUGCCGAGUCGGUGGUGGCGCAAACUCGGGAGGAGGUGGGUCAGGCGUUGCCAGUUCCGGUGUGGGAAAGCGCGGUCAACUUGGACACGGUAGUCGAACUGAUGAACGAAGACUAAAAAUGAUUGUGGGAGGUAUAGGUUACAGGAUCCGGAUUGUCCAAAUUGCAGCGGGCGGGGGUCUGGUGCGAGUCGCCCAUUCUCUGUUGUUGACGAGCACAGGUCGAGUUCUUUCCUUUGGAACUGGUCAAUACGGUGCACUUGGACAUGGUUACAGCGGUGGAAAGCAACUGCCAGAUAUYCUUCGCCCACASUAUAUUGAUGCCCUUUCUGGUGUGCGCUGUGUCUGUGUUGCCGCAGGUGAAUUGCAUAGUGCUGCUGUUACCGUGGAUGGCGACUUGUACACUUGGGGUGACGGGUUUUGUGGUCAACUUGGUCAUGGUGAUAAAGGACCAUGUGUGUCGCCACUACAGGUCACUAAAGGUGGACUAGAAGAURAGUGCGUUGCUAAUGUCUCCCUCGGAGCACGUCACAGUUUGGUUGUUACGGAUGAUGGUGAAGUAUUUUCAUUCGGUUUGGGACACUUCGGAGUUCUAGGUCGCAGUUACACACCAUAUGAUUACGAACCAGUAGGAGCCUUGGAUGGCAUGGAUGCUGGCGAUGAAGAUGAAAACUUCAAUUUUGUCCCCAAUCAACAGCAGCAGCAACAGCAACCCGGCGCAGUAAACCCUAAUGGAAAUCAACAAGAAAGAAACACGGAUGAUUUUGAUUUGGUGGCGCAUUUGGACUUGAUUUCAAAUAUCAAGCUUCAAGACUCAAGUGAUCAAUGUAUCCCAAAGUUGAUUGAUUCGCUAGCCGGUGUCCAUAUUGUUGGAGCCAGCGCCGGGCAUCGACAUUCCCUUUUAUUGGAUAAUCAUGGCUGUUUAUAUUCGUGUGGUGCGGGCAUGACAGGAUGUUUAGGUCACGGCGAUAAUCAGUCUCACAUGUUUCCAAUGAGGAUACAGGAUUUUGAUGACAAAGAGGUACAUAUAGUUCAGAUGAGUGCAGGUGUAGAUAUGAGUAUGGCCGUGAGUGCGACGGGAGAUGUAUAUGCAUGGGGAAAGACAGAUGGUGGGCGUUUAGGCCUCGGAACUACUCCGGCACGUGUCACUCUCCCAACAAAAGUAAAUUUAGUUUCUGAUGGGACCCCUAUGAAAGCCGUCGAUGUUGAAUGUGGCUACGUCCACAGCGUCAUUGUUGGUUUAAAUGGCACUAUUCACACUUGUGGUGAAGUGGGCAUUGAUGGAAAUGCUGAUGGUCAAGGCGGUUCUGGAGAGCCUGUGCAAGAAAAGGAUUUCAAUAUUUGGCACAGGGUUCGAGAACCAAUCGAAAAAGUGGUGAAAGCAGAACGAUGGAAAAAGUUCGGAAAAUACGAGGUCAAAGGACGGCAAAAAAUGAUGAGUGAAACUGGCUAAGGAAUAUGUUCUUUAGAAAACCAGUUUCUAAAUGUUUCUUCCAAAGAUGAAACCGUUCUUUAUGAAACAUCAAGGAUAUGAUUGAAGGAUUUGUGAUGACCAACAGUAGCGCUUUACACAGAACUUAGUAUCAGCUGGUCUAUAAUGAUUCCG